GCUUUUAUGGUCGAGUUAUCGUGUUCCGGAAAGGAAAAAAGGAAACUAGUCGUUUGAAAAUAUAGUAAUACUUAUAGAAGUUAUACUACUUUACCAAUAUGUGGAUAAAAUAUUCAUUCAUUCUAUUAGUUUUCCUUUCUGCAGUUGGUGCUAACUCAAUGAUUUCAGCAGUUUGUCAAAUGAAAUCUUGUAAAAAUCAAUCCACACUAGAUUGCCUAAGUUUGAAUUCAUCUGUCAGUGGUCGUUGUUGUGUGAGAGAUAAGGAUUCAGUAUCAUCAGCAUCAGUAACUGGAAUUGAUUUAAUAGACUGUAGUUUGACUAACAUAUCCGGACUUUUCCACUCCAUGGAGCAUCUGCACAUAUUGUACUUGCACAAGAACAACAUUGGUGAAAUCGAUGUAGAUGACUUUACUGGUGUUAAUGACUUGAAAAAUUUGACUCUUCCACCAAAUUUGUCCUGUCCUGGUGGACCAUCCUUGUGGAACUCAGAGGAAAUUCACCCAAAUGUAACUGUAUGUUUGGAGGAACAGAGCACUUGUAAAGUUUUCAAUGUGAGUUGUCCUAAUUCCAAUAGUUACUGUUCGGAUGUUGGUCCAAGGAUUACAGAGUGUCUCUGUAAUCCAGGUUUCCAUGGUUACAAGUGUCUAAGGAAGGAUCAUUUUCCAACAGCCACGUUUGUGAUAGGAAUUUGUGCAAGUACUUUUGUGGUGUCAGCAUUCUUAUGGAUCACACAAAGAAGAAAGGUGAAGAAACAUUAACAGGAGAGGUCUCCGUGUAUCUACUGGUAUCGGAUUUGUAGACUGUGAUUUAAAGGAUAUUCUGAUCAUUAUUUUCCUAUCUUUCUACAUUUUUUUUUUAUGUUUCUGUAAUUGGAAAUUUUAGGGCAUAUAGUUUUUGAUCUGUCUGUUUGUCCACAAAAACUUCAACCUUGGCCUUUACUUUUGAACACUUAAUGCUAGAGGUUUCAUAUUUCACAUGUGUAAUCUUUCUUUUGGUUCCAAAAUGUGUGACCUUAUGACCUUCACCUUGGAUUUUGACCUUAUUUAAAAAACUUUAACCUUGGGCAUCAGUUUUGAACGCUUUUUGCUAUGGCUUUCAUAUUUCACAUGUGUAUUCCUUGUGAUAAGACCUUUCUUGUUGACUACAUGACCUUCAUCUUGGAAUUUGACCUAUAUUUGAAAAACUUUACUUUUGCCAUAAUUUUUAAAUGCUUUGUGUUGUGACUAUCAUAUUUCACACGUGUAUUCCUUGUAACGAGACCUUUCUUUUGGUACCAGAAUUACUUUGCUACCUUAUGGGGGCAUCAGUGUUUCACACAGACAUCUUGUCUUGAGUAUGUAGUGUGUUUUAUUAUUUGUAUGUAUUUUAUACUCAAUUAUGCUUUUCUGACAGGAAUGUGUGAUAACUCUGUAAAUUAUUUGUGAUACCACAUAGAAGAAAUUGAUAAUGGUUAUUUUAGAAUUUUUAAUGUUAUAGAUUAUUUCUUCUAUGAGGCUAUUGGUCAUUGGUUUACAGACAUCCUGAAGUCUGUAUUCCUGUCAGUUUAUGAAAAUGAUUAUUAAGAGAUUCUAGUCAUAAAUGUUACUCAAUCUUGUUUCAUAUUGUUUCAUCAAAUAAUGCUUUAUUAUUGAAGAAUUCAGCUCGCAUUGAUAGCAUAUUCUAGCAAUAGAGUGCCAAAGUUCAUUUUGUUUCAUUUUUUGUUUUACUUUAUCUUUGUGUUAAAUGCUUAUGAAAUGUUUAUUUACUACAAGGAAACGAUGUGAUUGUUGAUGAUUCUAUGCAUGUUUACAUGGUGAAAACUUGUGUCUCCCUGCUACAGCAUCGCUGGAAUCUUUUGUGCAGGGUUCAGUACAAUUUUAAGUACAUGUAUAUAGAUAUAUAUUUUAAACUUUGAAAGUUCAGACAGAAGCAAUAUACCAUGUAUUUUUGUACACAUUUGUUUCUGUUCUUUUAUAACUUACCUAAUAAACAACUGCAAUUUUUAAA